GUAGUACUAUAGCGGAAGUGUGUGCUGUAACUAUUGUGUCCAGCCCUGUUUAUGUGUUUAUAUCUCAAUAACCGACAAUUAACACUCCAGUUACACAGUUUCCUACAGUACAGGUGGUUGUCAUUGUGGAACAGCUCAAACUCUUGCUGACUCUUGAUUCAAAUCUUCGCAAGGUGGACAUGUGUUGUUUUUUUUUUUUUAUGUGUGUGAAGCUACUCGUGUACAUAGGACAAAGCUGACCUACAUAGUGUUAAUGUGUUUGUAGUCAAAUUCGGUGUGACAUGAAAACAUCAAACAGUGCACAUAGACCACACAAUUUGUACCUUGGGAAUUAUACAAUGGAGUAACACAGUUGUGUUGGAGGGAAUCUGUUGGUGGUAUAAGGUUACUGGACAGUGUCCUCACCUUGUCAACUUGUUCAUUGUGGCUGCUGACCUUUGAAUGUGUCCGUGUAGUUGAGAAAGACAUUAUUCAUAUAUCUUUCUGGCUCCCUUGGGGCUGAAGCAGAGACUGGACUCUCACGGAUCAUAGAUGAAGUCACUGACUGCUAUAGUCUGUGAGGAAUCCAGAUCUGACGUGUUAUAAAUAGACCGAGGUCCAGCGCGCCAGAGAGAUGCUACGCUUGUCAGUGACUUGUAACACGAUGCAGUGACAUAUAGUACAUUGACAUUGUGUAGUUUAAGUGCCUUUGCUGUCGAUUCUGCGAAAAAAAUGCUGUGUUAUGAAACUCUUUCAUCUUCUGAAGGAUUCUGUCUGUUUUUGUGAAAAAAAAAAGUUUUUGCGAAACUUAAAAUUCGGCUUGUGCUUAUGUAGAUGCGACUACAUGCGUAAACAUCUGGGAACUCAGUAAGGAGUCGCGAGCAUUAUUUGUGUACGUUUUCAUCCCUCUGGAUAUUUUUCUAUUUUUAUCUUGUGUUUUGAACUUCAGAAGGAAUAUCGUGAUCCAAUUAAAAUUGUUUGAAUGCAUAACCUGGAUUGUAAGAUGUCCGAUAAUAGUGAAAGUGGUAGUGAGUCCAGUGUAAAAUUUGGCAAACAGAACGGCAAUGAUGAUGAUAUAUGUCGGGAUUAUUUACGAAACGUGUGUAAACGUGGGAAGCGCUGUAAGUACCGCCACCCACACUCAGAGGAAUCGACUCGUGAAAGGAAGUAUGACUACACAUUUUGUCAUGAUUUCCAAAAUACUGGGUGUCACCGCCCCAACUGUAAAUUCCUACACUGUUCUCGUGAAGAGGAGGAACACUAUAAACAGACCGGCCAACUUCCUGUGCGGCUACAACAGGCCGCUGCUCUUGGUGUUGGGGUUACCCCUAGCAACGAUAUGCCCCUCUUAAAGGGAGAAAUCCCCAUAUGUAAAGACUAUCUUAAAAUGAACUGUAAGCGUGGCAUCAAGUGUAAAUUCAGGCACCUGACAGCCACUGAGUAUGAAUUUGAAUUACGUAAGUCCGACCAGAGGAAUAAUAAUUCACAGAGUUACGAUCCUUACGAGGAGGACUUUGAACGGUUUGAGAGUUUUGAGUAUUGUCAUGGUAGUAGUGGUGUUAAACGCCGAAGGACAGAAAGGGACAUAGAUGGAUUCGGCAGUAAUUACGUGGAGAAUCGUUAUUCUCCCUCCCGUCCCCUCAGCUACCAGCUUCUAGAAGACGAGAAUUCAGUAUUACGUAGAAAAGUGGAUGAACUGAAAAAACAGGUAGCUGAUUUAACAGCGACAAACGAAGUGCUUCUUGAGCAGAAUGCUCGUUAUCGUGUUAGUCGGACAUCUCUAGGGACAAGCCAUGUGGCUGCCCCACAGUCUCUCAACCACCUAGCAAACAGUCUCGCACAACAGAUUGCUCUCAACUCCGAACUGGCUUCCCAGCAUGCAUUGCAGCAGCGUCUGGCGCGGGAGCUAGCGCCGGUGUCGGCAGCAGCUCAGGGGAGUUUAAACCAGCCAACCGUGACAAUGAACCCAGGGUCUAUAGUACCGGUAUCUCUUCCGCAGAACAAUCUGACUGGUGUGACCCUAGCCCCUGUGUCCAUCCAGCAGACGCUGCCCCCGCCGGUCAGUAUGACUCAGGCCCUGCCCCCACCUGUCAGUCUAACUCAGAGUCUCCCACAGAACAUGCAGGCUGCCACCACUACCCUCGUAUCCUAUCCGAUCGUCUCACAGAACCUCCGCACCGUCAGUAGUCUGUCCCACUGACAACACAGCGCCACCUAGCUAAGAUCGACUGUAACUAAGCACCACAUCCAGAUCUUAAGGAUGGAUGUCUGGCGAGUACCGUCCCUAAACUGUUGGUCAGAACAACAGCUGCCAGAGGGAGCCACAGGAGACGACGGUGUACUGUCCAUGUUGACUACUAUGAAAGUGACAAAAUUCUCACCAGAGUCAUCAAGUCCGUUGAAAGAAAGCUGACUGAUACAACUUACAGUGACCUUCAAACACAGCCUGAGUGAAUAGGGGUAAUUACCCAAACACACCCUGAUGGCUCCCAUCAGUGUUACCCUGUCCAUGUCAGUAACAUUUCACAGAGAGCAAACAUGUGACUCUGACAGAACAGCAGGGUAGUUACCAUGUGACCUGUUAUAAAGUUGUGACAUGAUCACUAUCUCCAGCACAGGACAACAAAGGUAUUAAAGAGAAAGUAUAAACUGCUGACCACUGCUGACCACCGCUGACCACCACUGGCCACUGCUGACCUGUAUAUAAAAGAAAAGGUUUAGUGCAAGCCAUGAAAAGUCUCCACUCAGAUUAUAUUAUGGACUAAGGGAGGUAACUACAGCCAGACCUGGGACAAGUCAGUGCAGUGUUUAUACUUGGUGGUCUGUGUCAAAGCCAGAACUGUCGAUCCAUACAUGGCAACUCAGCAGCAGGAAGAUAGGUCAUUAAAAUUACUCCAUCCAUUGUCUGUAACAGUUGUCAAUCUCAACAAUGAGAUCCUGGCACUUCUGUCAAACUUACAGUUGUUGGUGUCUGAGGAGUUAGACCUGGUCAGUCACUCAUCUGUCUGUGAUUCAGUUAUAAAUACAUCAGUAAGCUGUCACUUUAUAACAUUGUUUUACAAUGAUCUGUCAGAAUGUAUAUUGUGGUCGGUAAUGAUCCUUUUCUUUGAGCACUUGUCCAACUUUGUCAGUGCUGGAAGGAGACUUAACUAACUUUCUCAGUGCUGGGAAGAGACGUGUCCAACCUCGUCAGGCCAGAGGAGACUUGUGCAGCCUCGUUAGUGCUGGAAAGAGAUUUGUCCGGCCUCAUCAGUGCUGGAAAGAGAUUUGUCCGGCCUUGUCAGUGCUGGAAAGAGAUUUGUCCAGCCUCGUCAGUGCUGGAAAGAGAUUUGUCCGGCCUCGUCAGUGCUGGAAAGAGAUUUGUCCGGCCUCAUCAGUGCUGGAAAGAGAUUUGUCCGGCCUCGUCAGUGCUGGAAAGAGAUUUGUCUGGACUCGUCAGUGCUGGAAAGAGAUUUGUCCGACCUCGUCAGUGCUGGGAAGAGAGCUGUUCCUAUAAGCUGUACUUACAGUGAUAUUACUGAUGAAAGUAAAGAUUUGUCAGCUGGGUGGCAUCAAUAUACAACAAACUAUAAAAAAAAAGAAAACAUAUCGCCAUUUUUUUUCCAUUGAUAAAUUACAUAUUCUAUUUUAUUGUUCCCAACCUCUGUUUGAAUGCAUGCCUGUGUUAUUACACACAUUGUUGUACAGCAAGUUAUUAAUCUCAGUGUUUUGACAGGUGCAUGUUUGGCCAAAAGAUUUGUUUUAAAACUUAAUUACCAACACUUAGAGGAAUAGCUGUUCUAUGUGGGUCACAUUAGUGCUAUAAUCAAUAGGUAUAUAUGAGGAGAAUAACUAUAAGAUGUUUUGGUUCCUAUGAAGUAAAUAUAUAGUUGUUUCAUUUUGAGAUUGCCCUUAUUGUCUGAACUUUUCACGGGUAUUCAAAUUCACACGACACUGCCUUUUCAAAAUUCUGUUAUAAUCAGGAAAAUAAGUGUACAUCUACAGGCUUUAUAAGUCAGGGUACAGACUUAACAGGGAGUAUGAUUAAAAUGAUGGCACUUCCUCCGCUAGGGAUCCAACCCGAGACCUUUGGCUUACGAGUCUCAUGCUCAACCGAUCAAGCUAGACAGUUAUCUCUACCCGAGCGGUAUACUGCCAGUAGUAUUUACCAGGGUUUCACAAAUCUUGUCAGAAUUUAUUAGGAUUUUUUUUGUGUGUUAUAUUGCAUGACCAUAAAUAAAGCAGAAUUAAAUUAUUCGUGAAAAUUACCAACUAUAUACAGUCUCAUUAUCAAUAGUUUACAGAAACACGAAGGAAUUAAGGCCUCGAAGUAUCACUGUAUGGUAAUAUCUGGUGGCAUCACAUUCAGUGUAAUUACAUGAAAUUUGUCUUAAAUUGUUGAAUUAAACAAUGAAUUAAAAAAUAAUCAAAGAUACAGUUGAGUUUGACUGGUGUGAUCUUGUGUAUAUAGAUAGUUUGUGUAGUUACCAUGAAUUACAGAUGAAGAAGAAUGGGUUUACGUAUGGUGAAAUAGAGAAAAGGGAGGGGCCUAAUAUGGUAAUUGAUUUUAAAAUAAUAAAGAGGGAGGGGUCAUUUAUGGUAAUUAGGUUGAAACCAUAGUAAAGAGGAAUGGUCUAAUAUGGUAAUUAGAUUGAUACAACACAGAAGAUAAGUGGGUCUAUUUUUGGUUGAGAUUGAAGAAGGGUAUUAGCUAUGGUUUGUAUAUUGUAGAUACAACAUAUAUGUUACUGGUAUUGGAACACACCUACUGGUAAUGGACCACACCUACUGGUAAUGGACCACACCUACUGGUAAUGGACCACACCUACUGGUAAUUAUGGACAGAGACAGAUAGUGGGAGGGGUAUGAUGUAGUGGUUAUUCAGUUGAUACUAAAUGUAUAGGUGUGACCUUGUAUAAAUUGACAGGGGGACCAGGAUGGUCUUAGAUAUUAUUAAAAUAUCUGUCAUUAUUUCAGGCACUAACCCAAACUGUAUACAUGUAAAAUGAUGAGUAGUGUUCCACCUAUACUGGACAUUAGUGAAUUAUAAGGGAGAGAAAGUAAAGAUACAUUUUAUAAUUACAACAAUUUCUAAACUGUCAAUACUGUGGGGAUUCAUCGUCACUUUUAGAGAUCAGGACGGAUAUUUCAUAAAGAUAUUUUAUUUUCAACCAUGUAAAUAUCCUGUGGGACCUUUUAAUUUUUGUUCAUAAGAAAAUGUUAGGUAUAAUGGUUUAGAGUUCUUGGUUUGUGCCAUGACCAACUGACCAAUUUAAGCCAUAGUAGGUUAUCAUGUCACUUCACUGUACAAUAACAAGGACUGGGUGCCAUAGUUAUAUAUAUGUGUGUGUAACUAACAUGAUUUGAUGAAUAUGUAUGAAUGUGUGAUGAAUGCCUGUGGUUUCUGACAACCAUUUUGUGUGUACACAACUGAUUGGAUGACAUUGUUUUGCAGUGUAUGUGUAACUUUACCUGUGUUACAGAAAUCUUUAUUAUGCAAGCAUGGUAACAUGUUUUCAGGCUUCGUACCGAAACAUAUUUAUCAUCUUAAAUGUUUUAUUUUAGAAUGGGAGAAUAAAACAUGAGAAUUUUGAAAUUAAA